AUGGUACGCAGUGGUCACUAUCCAUUGCCUGCGAAGAGGGUUAAGAUGGUUUUUCUCGAUAAGGGAAAACCGGAGGUCCAUGGUCCCCAGGCUUUUCGGCCCAUCUCUCUCUCCUCUUGCUUGGGUAAGUGCAUAGAGAGAAUUUUUACGGACCUGAUCCUCUCGUAUGAGAGUGAGAUUCCUGAGGACUCUCCGCUAUAUAGGGAGCUCUUCUGUUCUCAUGGUUACACUAGAGGUCGCUCCACAGCCACCGCAGUGGGGUCGGUCACUAAGCACAUCAAGGAUCUGGCCGAAGGGAAGCGGCAUGUAUCAUGUGUGGCCAUUGAUAUGAAAUCUGCCUUCAAUGAUGUAAAGCAUGAGAAGAUUUGUGAAGUUUUGGCGGAGUUUCUGCCGGCUCCCAUUAUCAAUGUGGUUGGUCAAUAUCUCUAUGGUCGUCUGGUUAGUUUUAAGGACAGUACUCGGAUGACGCAGCAGUCCGCGGGCACUCCACAAGAGGUUGGCACUAAAAUAAAGCGAUGUCUUGAAGAACUUGGUUUGAUUUUGCCAAGUCUUGGUAUCGGAAUGAGCAGGGAAAAGAGUAUAAUCCUCUCUGAGGAUCUUCCUCCAGUCUUUGAAGAUAUUCCGGUCAAGAAGGAGAUUGGGUAUUUGGGCUUCAGGCUGCGACUCAUUAUGAAGGCCAAGGCACAGUUGGUUACCCUCAGGAAGCUCAUAGCGAAGCACGGACAGCCUUGUCUUAAGAUGCGAGCUAGGGAGAUCAUUCGCCAUCAUAUUAUCUCCGUAUUAGCUUAUGGGUUGGAGGCAUGGGGAGGGGCUCUCUCCCGCUACACUGUUAGGAAGCAGCUGACCUCUCUGAAUGGUGGUGUUAAUAAAGUCAUACUUGGAAUACCGUCAAGUGCCAACCCUAAAUUGGCAGAGUUGGUGGUGAAUUCUGACAAGGACUUGGUCUCGACGCUCACUAAUAGAUACCUUGCACGGAAGUUCCAUAGCAGGGAAUGGGGUGCGUCUGAAACUAAGCUUCUUAAAAGGUGUUUUGGUGUGACUGCUCUCCAAGGUAUACCGGAAUCCCUUUCACAUUCUUCUGAUGGUAUUGACGCAUGUUGCUUCAAGCUAGAAGGAGAUGGUUCUCCGCCACUCGAUGAUGGAACUAUACCAAUUGUAUACACGGAUGGUAGCAAAUUUCCUAUGGAUGAUGGUUCUCAUAGAGUAGGUGCGGCCUUUAUCUCCCACCAUUCUGGUGAAGCUGGUCUAUACUGUUUGCCGAGUCAUGCCACAGUGCAGCAAGCUGAGCUAGUCGCGAUAAAGAUGGCCCUGAAGACUAUUAAUAGAAGAUGUAUGGUUGCCGUUGAUUCGAAGAGUGCUCUGAUGUCGAUCAGAGGAGAUAGAUCCACGACUCUGCUUGAGGAAAUUCGUGGUCUGAUCCGGAAAACUGGAGCUAUGUUCACGUGGGUAAAGGCUCACAAUGGUGCUCUCUAUAAUGAAUGGGUGGAUGCUUUGGCGAAAAGUGCUACGCGAGUCGGUAUAUUUAUGGAAGUAGAAGUCUCAGCGAGGACUACGACAACCUAUCUCUCCAAGCUUGGAGAUGCAAGGAAGCCUAUGGUUAGGUUGAAGUACUUGACCAACACCACCAUAACAGACUUUGUGGGUUCGUGGCAUCAUGUCGAUACGCUCAGGAAGUUGGCAAAAAUGAAGAACGGGGUUUAUGCUUUGAAAGCGGUUUUUGGUUUGCUACGCACUAGAAGAUACUACUCUAGGUCGGACUCUACGGUUUCUCCAUACUGCGACGUUUGUGGUCACCUUGGUGAUUUCCUGGACGAUACUAGGCAUGCCCUGGUAUACUGCAGGAAGUAUAGGUCAUUGAGGUUCAAGUACUUUGGUCCUGAACGUAUUGAUCCGGUUACUGGGGCCCUGAAAAUUAGGUUUCUCUCCUUCUUUCUGGCUACCUUGGAAAGAGGGAGAGCUCUGGGACUUUUUGUGAAGGAGACUAGGUUGGGUUAA